UCUGUGUCGCUGGAAGCGCCACUGCCGCGCGUCAGCUGUGGAGAGGCAGGCGUAUGCUCGCGCGUGCCUACCAACCGGGAAGCGAAGUGCAAACCGAGCAAGACACUGUACAACGGCGCAAACUAGGAGUCGACAACGAAACACGGAUUUUUUCCCUCAGAACCGUUCGACGCACGGAUUUCUAACACUUCCGUCCUCACCAUGGCCGACCCAGCGAGCAACGCUGCGGAUGGCGAGGGGGUAGCGCGAGGUUUCGCCAGGCAGGGCGCGUUGAGGCAGAAAAACGUGCACGAAGUGAAGAACCACAAGUUCACCGCGCGCUUCUUCAAGCAACCGACCUUCUGCAGCCACUGCACCGACUUCAUCUGGGGUUUCGGCAAACAAGGCUUUCAGUGUCAAGUGUGUGCUUUUGUCGUCCACAAACGCUGCCAUGAGUUUGUUACGUUCUCCUGCCCAGGGGCGGACAAAGGCCCUGCAUCAGAUGACCCCCGUAGUAAACAUAAGUUUAAGGUACACACGUAUUCCAGCCCCACGUUCUGUGACCACUGUGGAUCUCUGCUGUACGGACUCUUACACCAAGGGAUGAAAUGUGACAACUGCAUGAUGAAUAUUCAUAAGCGAUGUGUGGAGAAUGUUCCCAGUCUGUGUGGAACGGACCAUACAGAGAGGAGAGGCCGUCUGCAUCUCACUGCCAUCAUCAAAGAUCUCGUACUCACCGUGACCAUCUCGGAGGCUCGUAAUUUGGUCCCGAUGGAUCCCAAUGGCCUGUCAGAUCCAUAUGUGAAGCUCAAAUUAAUUCCAGACCCAAAGAAUGAAAGUAAACAAAAGACCAAAACCAUCAAGUGCUCCCUAAAUCCCACAUGGAACGAGAACUUUAGCUUUAAACUUAAAGAGACUGACGUAGACCGGCGUCUGUCGGUGGAAAUCUGGGAUUGGGAUUUGACCAGCAGGAAUGACUUCAUGGGUUCCAUGUCUUUCGGCAUCUCUGAGCUGCAGAAGCAAGGUGCCAUCGGAUGGUUUAAGAUGCUGGGUCAAGAGGAAGGGGAAUAUUUUAAUGUCCCAGUUCCACCAGAGGGAGAAGAAGGCAAUGAAGAACUGAGGCAGAAGUUUGAGAGAGCCAAGAUCGGUCCGGGCACUAAGAACACAGACGGAUCGUCGAAGAACGACAUCUCGAAAUAUGAUUCCAAUGGCAACCAGGACCGCAUGAAACUCUGCGACUUCAACUUCAUCAUGGUCCUGGGCAAAGGCAGCUUUGGCAAGGUCAUGCUGGCUGAACGUAAAGGCUCAGAUGAGCUGUACGCUGUGAAGAUAUUAAAGAAGGAUGUUGUGAUUCAGGAUGAUGAUGUCGAGUGCACUAUGGUGGAGAAGAGAGUCCUGGCUCUCUCCGGCAAACCGCUCUUCCUCACUCAACUGCACUCCUGCUUCCAAACCCUGGACCGUCUUUACUUUGUGAUGGAGUAUAUCAAUGGUGGAGAUUUGAUGUAUCAAAUACAACAAGUUGGAAAAUUCAAAGAGCCCCAUGCAGUGUUUUAUGCGGCGGAGAUCGCCAUUGGUCUGUUCUUCCUCCAUUUGAAAGGCAUUAUUUACAGAGAUCUGAAGCUAGAUAAUGUGAUGUUGGAUGCUGAGGGCCACAUAAAAAUCGCAGAUUUCGGCAUGUGCAAAGAGAACAUGUUUGAUGGUUCCACAACUAAAACCUUCUGUGGCACUCCGGACUACAUUGCGCCUGAGAUCAUUGCUUAUCAACCGUAUGGGAAGUCUGUGGAUUGGUGGGCCUACGGAGUUCUCCUAUAUGAAAUGCUCGCAGGGCAGCCGCCUUUUGAUGGUGAGGACGAAGAUGAGCUUUUCCAAUCCAUCAUGGAGCAUCACGUAUCAUACCCGAAAUCCAUGUCCAAAGAAGCAGUGGCCAUAUGCAAGGGGCUGAUGACCAAACAUCCUGGGAAACGCCUGGGCUGCGGACCAGAGGGAGAGAGAGAUAUCAAGGAGCAUGCGUUCUUCCGCUACAUGGAUUGGGAAAAGUUGCAAAACAAGGAAGUUCAACCCCCAUUCAAACCCAAAGCAUGCGGUCGAGACGCAGAGAACUUUGAUCGUUUUUUCACCCGUCAUCCUCCUGUCCUGACCCCACCUGACCAGGAAGUGAUUGAAAACCUGGACCAAGAAGAAUUUCACGGGUUCUCUUUCAUUAAUACUCGCUUCUCAUCUGUAAGAUCCAAGUAGCCCAACUUAGCCAAGCACGUUGUAGGGACCAAUCAGAUUGCAGAUACACCGAGGCCGGUGAAGCCAAUGAGAGCAAUCAGCCAGUUUAGUGAAAGAGGUCUUUCUAUAAAUAUUGUUCCUUAUACUUUCAAUUCAUUAUGCCUAAACCGUCUUUUUUCGGGAAGUAUGGAGGGAAAUGAUUUACUUCACUUUUUUAAUGAGUUUAUUAAAAGAGAUAGCUUUGAGAUAUUUUACUAUUCUCUAAUGCUUGUUUAUCUUAAUGUUCUAUAAUCUUACACAAUUAAAUAACAAAAGUAUCAUGGUGGAUUUCGCAAAAUAUGAACCAGUCCAAGUCACAUUUCACCCCAAAAGUAAAAGAAAGAACGUAAAUUAUGUAGAAAAUAAAAUCUAAUUCCAUAAACAAUCCUGAGAAAGAAAACACAGUAUAAUAGAAUUUACACUUUGAAGUAUUUAAGCAUUACAUUAAGUAUUUGUUGUACUGUUAUUUUUGUAUGACAAUAUUUUACUGUAUCACAGUAAUUAUAAUAGAAUAUAAUUCACUAUUUAGGCUAAUGGAAAUUACAAAUAAUCUACAAAAGCAUGCACAUAUUUCCCAAUUUUUGGAGUGAAAUAUGAAUUGAAUACGUUCGUCGAGGUUUUGUGAGCCUCACUCAUUUAAAAAACAUAUCCCUAAAAUAUAGCUGCCAAACCUGUUAGUGUCCCCAAACACAAACCACGCAGUUCAGCCAAAGCAUUUAGCGCUCAUUGAUCGGGACGUUUUAGUGGGUCACCCCAUUUUUAGUGCUUUUCAGAUGGGUGUUUGUACACGUGUUUGUGUAAAACUGUGCCAAGUCCGAGAUUCAAGUUUAGAAACUGAUUAUACGGUACAACUUGAAAGAUGAAACAACUGGAAAUAUGAUAUAUACAGAAACAACAUUGCGACUUCAUUACAGACAUUUUAUUGUUGUAACUACUUACUGAAGAUAAAACAUAUCUUGUUGUUAUCUUUUGUCAUUAUCCUGCCAAAUGUGUGAUGUAUGAUUCUUUUUGACUUGUUACCUGUGCCUGGCAGUGUUUGGAUAAAAUUACUGUGAAACUGUAGUUGGACUGUUUCUAUAGAGGGAAAUAUAUAAAUAUGUAUUUGGAAUAUA